AUGUCGUCCAAAUCCACCUCCAACGCAAAGUCCACGAGCACCUCGACGCUCCCUCCCCUACACAGCUUCCCAUCCUCAUGGACGGCACCGACAUCAUGCUUCGCAAGCACCAACUACUACCGGGUGCUCUACGCCGACGGGGGGGCCAAGUUUUUCAGCAACAUGUACGGCACGCCGACGCCCGUCUUCACCGGGAACACGCCCUCGGGCGACUGCUUCCCUCCCUCCUUCACCAUCAACGUGCCGUACCUCACCGACGGGAGCGCCUGUCCCGCCGGCUACACCCGCGCCUGCGCGACGGCCGGGUCCGCGAAGCCGGGCGAGUCGGCGGCCGUGAGCACGAUAACGUGCUGUCCCAGCGUGACUGGCAAUGCAUUUUCCUUCAUGUGCAAGGAUAACGAAUACGGCUGCCACGCGACCGCCACGGCGAGCGGCAUCGUCUGGACGGGUGUCGUCACGGAUCUCGGCGUCACACCAGCCACCGAGGCACCCGUGACGCGCACGCCCUCCACCAAGGAAGGCAUCGAGGCCUGGGGAAUCAAGUUUCUCUCGGUCGCACCCGGGUCGACUGCAACGAGCAUCCCGACCCCGAGCCAGAACGCGAGCGACACCGACAACCAGGGCACGCCGUCCGCGGACAGCUCGGCGGGCAGUGGAGGCCUGUCCGGCGGCGCCAUCGCCGGCAUCGUCGUCGGCAGCAUCGCCGGCGUCGCGCUUCUCGUGGUUGGCGCGUUCCUCCUCUACCGCCGGAAGAAGUCGAGGUACGGCCCGGAUUACCACGCGCCCGCGCCGGGCAAGUACCCCAACCAGCCCGGAGGCGAUGAUCCCAUGAACCAGCCGAGCUCGGUGGGAUCGCCGGCGCCGACACACGGGCAGCUGGGCUCGAGCUACCAGCCGAGCCGCCGGCUAUGGUUACGGCCAGGGAAGACGUACCUGUUUGGACGCACAGUGGCUGAAGCCGGCCAGCUCGCAAUCUCGCACAAUACCAUUUCUCGGAAACACCUGACCAUCACAAUCGACCCCGUUAGCGACGGCGACGCACUGCACCCAUCACGCCGCUCCAAGAUCACAAUCGAAGACCUGGCUACCAAGAUUGGAACCUUAGUCAACGGCAAGAAGCUCAAAGGCACAAAAUACGUGGUCGACAAUGGUCAGGACGUCGAGAUGACCAUGGGCAAGUGCCCCAACAAGUUUUGUCUGACGUGGAGACCGGCCGCAUUCACCUUUUCAUUCUCAAGCAAAGAACUUCAGGCGAAACCCUUCGGUGCCCUCCGAUCGCGAUUCGAGCAGCUGGACAUCAAGCUGCUAGCCGACUACAACAUAGACUUUACAACCCAUGUCGUCGCCAAGAAGCGCAAUACGGCCAAAGGUCUCCAGGCGCUUAUCAAUGGCCGAUUCAUCGUGACUGAGUCUUUCCUCGAUGCAGUCAUGCAGGCCGCCGAGCCAGUGGACGACGGAAACGGCUCACAGACUUGUGCGCUGGAGCAAAACUUUGACGAGUCGUGGCCGGAUCCCAUGAAGCACCUGCCGCCCCGUGGCGGAGAGCCAUUUGAACAUUCCGACGAAAUAUACACACCAGACACGGGUCGGCUUGAUGUCUUUGACGGAUACACCUUCAUAUUCUACGAUCCGACGCAAUAUAACAACUUGCUCGCGCCAAUUACAAAUGGAGGAGGCAAAGCUUUGGUCGAAACGGUCAAACCCGGAGAAACCUCGUCUGAUGAUUUUGUUCGAUACGUCAAAGGUGUCGCUGGAGAAAAAGGUCUCGGCAGUUUCGAUGACGGAAGCGAAGGUAAAGGUGUUGUGGUUGUGCGGUAUCUGCCGACAAAGGGGGAGCAUGUUCAGUGGUACACCCAGUUCAUCACAACCGUCUCCUUACGGCUGGAUCAUCGACCUAUCGAACAGAAUGAGUUUCUAGAGGCAAUUCUGACCAAGGAUGCCAGCAUGCUUCGCCGGCCACUCGAGGUUGAAGAGCAGUCAGGUACCUCGGUCAUUCCAUCGCAAGCGCCUCCGCCGGCGGAAGACUCUUCUGCUGCCGCUGUCGAGCCAGAGCCGAGUACAAGACGGCCACGAAUGCGGAAACCAGUGAAAAGACGCUUCAUGGGCUUUGACGAUGGCUCAGACAUAGAGAUGGAUGAGGCAAAACUAUCAGCUGUAGAAGCACCUCCACCACCUCCGCCAAACGAACCCGUCGAAGAAGGUGGCUUGUUUGUAUCCCAGGAGAACGAUAUACCCCCCGACUAUGAUUCGAACGUGACACAAAAGAGAGCCGCCCUUGCAGAAGACGAUCUCAUGGAAGGAAUGGCGCCAGCCGCGGCCAGAUUCAAGCGACAAAGAAUAGCUAUGGGUAACGACUUUGCACCAGUGACUCGCGAAUCGCCUCCACAAGAGCUGCAAAAGCCUAUUAAGAAGGAAAAGAAGGAAAUUAACAUCCUCGCCGAAGCCGCCAGGCACCGUCAGGAGCAAGAGGCUCGUGCAAGAGCUGAGCAGGAGGAUCUAGCGCAGCUGCCUGCUGAUAUCGACCUUGGGGAGAUUCGUAGACUGAAUAUUGUCGAGGAUAUUGAGCUCCGGAAGCCAGAGAGCACCAUACGAUCUCGAGAUCAGGACAUUGCCGAUGGUCGCUGGGAUCCGAAGUGGAACGGCAUCAAGAACUUUAAAAAGUUUCGGCGUCGCGGUGAACUCGUGGGCAGACAGCCCGCGCGAACAAUAAUCACGGUUGAUGAGGUGCAGAGCAAGAAGUUUGGCGUGGGAGACAACUACUGGCUGGAGGAGGAUUCGGUACCGCGGACCAACUCGGGCGGCAGCAGGUUCCAGCCGGCGCCACGAGGCGAAUCGCCUCCGCCCAUCUCGGAAAUGUCCAGCAGCCUGAGCCGGAACGCGAAGAAAGCCAGCCAACCGGCCGCAGACGAAGACAGCGACGAUGCAAACUCCGAGGAGGGGGAGGACUCGCAACCGCCGCGGGGGUCGUACAGUCGGAGGGCUGGUGCUCAGGCCACUGCCGGCUCCAGGGGAAGCCGCAGCCAGUCGUCGGCGCAAACGUCACAGAGCUUGGGCAAACGAGCGGCGCCCAGUACGCUGUCUGGCCAGUCCUCGAAACGGCAACGGCCGCCGCCCCCGCCGAUCCAGGUAGACGACAGCGAGGAAGACAGUGAUGACGAGCUCAAGUUUAAGUUUGGCAAGAGACGCUGA